GUGCAACAGGAUUGGGAGCGUUUCGACGCACCUGUUGUACCAUCUGGAGCGGAGCAGCACUGACACACUGAACAGACAACUGCAGCACUGCAGGUGUCUACUCCAGUGAAAAGAUGGCAGGAGUUUUCUCCUAUGAGAGUUCAGAAAUCGACUGGUGUGAAGACAAUUACAAAUACUCUGAACAUGUAGUGGAGUACUUCAACACUAUGAGCAGCUUUUUUUUCUUCAUUAUAUCUCCCAUCAUGCUUUACCUUUUGCACCCUUACGCCAAAGAGAGGAACCUGGCGAUUCACAUGGUCUGGACCAUGAUGAUAUUUGUAGGGCUCUUCUCUGCAUACUUCCACAUGACACUUAGUUUCAUGGGCCAGAUGUUGGAUGAGCUGUCCAUCCUGUGGGUGUUGGCGAUGGGAUAUGCUGUCUGGUUCCCCCGCAGACUUUUCCCUUCUUUUAUAAAAGAAAGGUCCACAUUUUCAAGCCUUAUCCUGGUGGUUACUGCCAUCACAACAGUGUCAUCAUUUGUAAAACCUACAGCCAACGCCUACGUUUUAAACUGCUUCGGCCUCCAUUUGCUUUACGUCCUGGCUGUCGAGAUGAGAUGCUGCACUGACCGAAAGGCUCUGCGACUGGCCAAGCUGUCUGUGGCUCUGUGGGUGCUUGCCAUCUCCUGCUGGAUUAGUGACCGAUUUGGAUGCAGCUUCUGGCAGAGGCUAAACUUCUGCUACCUGCACGGUAUCUGGCAUAUUCUGAUUGUGAUAGCUGUGGCCUACGGCAGCACCCUGAUAGCUUACCUGGAUGCCAACUAUGAGAUACCCUACUCUUUGCCUGGACUACAGUACUGGCCCUGUGAUAAAUGGGCUGUUGGAUUACCUCACAUUGUCCUCAAGGGCACUAGCAAAACACUGAAACGGUGCUAACAAAGUUAAAAUCAUUUGUAACAUUGGUCAAACAUUUGUUUUAGUAAACUCCGUUAGUACAGGUUUUCAUAAAUGGGGAGCCAUCAAAAUGAUUUAAUCUAGUGACCUUUAUUCAACACAACCUUUUUAAGGACACAAUCUGUAAUCUGAAAAAAUUGCUCCACCACAAAAAUUCAAAUCACAGAAUUCCGACCCUCUAUUACCCCCAAGUUGAUUUUUUCUUGCACUACAUAGACUAAAACUAGACAACAACUUUAUUAAGUUAAGACUGUUUUCUGAUGGGCCGCCUGGUUAGCACACCUGGAUGAGCGUGCAUCCCAUGAGGCUCAGUCCUUGUCACAGCAACCGCAGGCUCGGUUCUGACGUGCAGCCCUUUGCUGCAUGUGAUUCACCCUCUCUCGCCCAUUUUCCUUAAUCUGUCCUGUAAAUAAAAGCCAACAUAAUCUUAAAUAAACAUAACAAAAUAAGAUAAUAAAAAAUAACAAUUGUUUUCUGAUCCUAUAAAAGGAUUUUUUAAUCAAGGAUAAACAAUGGAUGAAUUACUGAAUGGGCCUACUGGGUACAGGCCAUGGUCAGACUAGUUUGUAGUCUUUAUCCUUCAUGUUGCACUUCCGGGAUUGCUCCGGUGCUGCAGGAAAUUCUGCCGGAUGAUUGUAUUUUCUUCUGCUUUCUUUGUGUUGGAAUUUAAAAUUUGGUGGAUUUAUGAGGACUAUUGUUGGCUGCUCCUCAGAUAUCUGCAGGGAAAAUUCAAACAGCUAACUAGACCAUCUGUCCAAUCUGAGUUUUCUCACGCACGACUGUUUUGCAGAGGGCUCUGUGCGUAGUUUAGCACUGCCCAUGACAAUUGUGUCAAAGAAAUGCCCUUUAACCACAGCAUGUUUUCCUCCCAUCCCCGAAUGCUAUGUGGAGUAGCCAGACCCUGUCGCUUUGGAGGAGGGUCUGGCAAAGCGAGACUAGUAUAGGUAUAAUAUCAAUAAUCGUGAAAAAGUUUUUAUAGUUGUUCUAAACAUUCACACUGAAGAUCCAGCCGUCAUAGAGAAAUGUGAAAUUUAAAUAUGGGGAUAAUAGCGCACAUUUUCAGACAGAAAGUGUUGCACACAUGAAAAGGGACAGAAACGUUUGUGUCAGUUCAGACACAGGCUCCUGGCUCGGGAUAGCUGGCCAGUCAUGGUGUUGGAUGGGAGUAAAUGUUGGAUUGUUUCUUUUGAAAGUUACAAAAUUUAUCAGUCAGAUACAGGCCCCCCAAACCCCAAAGUUUUGAUGGAGUACCAUGGCAGCUUAGGUCAGAAGUUAGAGAAUGACAAAGACAUUUUGAAAAAUGUUGUAUUUUUGAAAAGUUUGUCUUUGAUCAUGUGUAUUUUUUGUAUAUAAAAUCAAUUGCUAAUCACUAUUUUCAAGAUAUGAAUGCACAUGCUAUUCUGUACAUGGUGAAAUGUUUACAUAGAGUUUUAAAAUACCUCAACAUACAGACAGGCUUACACAAAGUUUUGUCUAAUUUUGUAUAAAUACCGGUUCAAUAAAAGUGAAUUAAACAU